GCGCUAGGGAGAGGGAGAGAGAGCAGGCUAGAGGUAUAAAAGUGCACCUCCUGGAUCUUGUCGGAGCCCUCUUUUCUCUUCUCUCGCCUUCCCCUCUCCUCCUCCCUGGCUGCUGGUGUCCAUUUAAGUUGGGGAGGCCCUGGAGAGGACACACAAUGGAGCGCAGAGCCUGUGGCAACUGGGCCGUUGUACUACUGAGAGGGGGAUGGGGUAGAGAGAGGACCGGUUCACACAGCUAACACAGCCUGCCGGCUGUUGGCUUCCACAGCCUCUCCUCCCCGCCAGGACCCACUGUUUCCAGGCUGGGGCAUUUUUCCUGGAACAGCCACUCUCAACUCCGCUUUGGACCACACUAAGGAUUACUCAGCGUGUUCAGUUGGAUUUUUAGGAUACUGAGACUUGAAGAAUAAAUCUCUCCCGUGUUUUUGGAUGAGAGACUCUUAAUUCCGUUUUCUUUUACCCUCUUCUCAGUUUUUAGUUUUUGGUUUCUGUUUCUGUUUAGUGGAAUUCGUAAAUGGAUUACAAGAUGCAUGCCAAGUCAAACGAUUUGCUGGAUUUUCAGAAACUGGAUGCCCUUCUGGAAAAAAUAGCACAUUCAGUCUCUAUGAAAAGAGAGUCCAGCGAAGAGUGCAAUGGGAUCAGUGGUGCUCUGUCAGUGGAGUCUGUGCCGGGGCCAAGACUGAACUGGUGUCCUGCCAACACCACUACUCCUGCCCCUGCUCCAGCUCCAGCUCCCGCUCCGGAGCCCGAGCCCAUGCCCAACCCCGUUAGAAUGGGGGACGGCCUGGACGCAGCGCAGAUGUCGGGCAGCAGCAGCAGCCAGGGGCAGGCCCAGCAAUCGGGCAACCUCCCCACCCCAGAGGUCAUUAAUCCCAACAGGCCCAAGCGCCAGACCAAUCAGCUGCAGUACCUGCUCAAGGUGGUGGUGAAGGCCCUGUGGAAGCACCAGUUUGCUUGGCCUUUCCAUGCACCAGUGGAUGCACUCAAACUUAACCUGCCUGACUACUACCAAAUAAUCAAAACUCCUAUGGACAUGGGAUCAAUCAAGAAAAGGCUUGAGAACAGUUUCUACUGGAACGCCCAAGAAUGUAUCCAAGACUUCAACACAAUGUUUACCAACUGCUACAUAUACAACAAGCCUGGAGAUGACAUAGUCUUAAUGGCUGAGGCACUAGAGAAGGCUUUCCUCCAAAAGAUCUCAGAAAUGCCUCAGGAAGAAAUUGAGAUUGUUGUCAUGACAGGGAAGGGACGUGGUCGGGGCCGGAGAGACCCAGGUCUGGGCUUGAAACCAGGGGCCAUCAUUGAUUCUUCAUCCACGACUCCUCAAACACGGGGUCUGUCAAACCUCUCAGCAGCACCACAGACCAGAGGACCAGUGCAGGGCCCGCCUUCACUACCUCCCCAGCCUUUGAUGCAGGGCCUACCGUCCCACGUGCCCCCAACGUUACCCAGCCAUGCGCCACAGCUUGGAGCACCCUACUCCCUGGGCCAAUCAGAUUGCGCUCCUCAAGUACCUAUCAUGACUUCUGUGCCUCCACCUGCUCAGACCUCCCUUCCCCCAGCAUCCAUCCAGAGCAGUGCCCCACUGCUGCAGAACCCUAUAACCAUGACCAAACAAAAAAAGAGCCAGAAAAGGAAAGCAGACACUACAACACCAACAGCGAACGACCAACUGAGUGAGUCUUCCCCAGCAGAGUCCAAGUCUGGGAAGACGCUGCCUAGGCGAGAGAGUGCCCGGCCCUCCAAACUGAUGAAGAAGGAUGCACCAGACUCCCAGCAUCACAUAGGCAUGGGGAUGGGACUGAGCGGACCAAGUGGAGGUAGCCCCAAACCACAAGAUCAGAUUGGAUAUUGCGCUGUUCUGGUCAGGGAAAUGCUGUCCAAGAAGCAUGCUGCUUACGCCUGGCCGUUUUACAAACCUGUUGAUGUGGAUACACUGGGACUACACGAUUAUCAUGACAUCAUCAAACAUCCCAUGGACCUCAGUACCAUUAAGGCCAAGCUGGAGAACAGGCAAUACCGGGAACCACAGGAGUUUGCUGCUGAUGUGCGAUUAAUGUUUUCCAACUGCUACAAAUAUAAUCCACCAGACCACGAGGUGGUGGCUAUGGCACGCAAGCUACAGGAUGUCUUUGAGAUGCGGUUUGCCAAAAUGCCAGAUGAACCUGAGAGCAAGCCUCUGGUCUCUGCCCCAGCUCCUACACUUCACCACCCUGCCCCGGUUAAACCCCAGCCUCCCAUAGCCCACGUUGCCUCUUCCUCAGACAGCUCCAGUGACUCGUCCUCUGAGUCUGAGUCUUCCACAGAUGACUCUGAAGAAGAGAGAGCUCAGAGGUUGGCAGAGCUCCAGGAGCAGUUGAAGGCUGUCCAUGAGCAGCUGGCUGCCCUCUCCCAGCCACAAGCCAGCAAACCAAAGAGAAAAGAGAAGGAAAAGAAAGAGAAGAAAAAAGACAAGCAUAAGAAGAAAGGAGGCAUGCCCAGCCUUGUAGAUGAGAUCCAGGAUGCUAUGCCUGUUCCGCAGCUCUCUAAGAAGACCAAGACCAGUAACAAUAACAACAAAGAGGUCGUUCCCAAGAAGAAACCCAGUAAAAAAGAGGGGAUGAAAAGCAAUCAUCCCUCCAGCCUGCAGCCCGUUCCCAGCCUAGAAGACGAUCUAGGAGCAGCUGGGUCAUCAGCUAUAGGCGAAAAGUGCAAGCCUAUGACGUAUGAGGAGAAGAGACAGCUAAGCUUGGACAUCAACAAGCUUCCUGGUGACAAACUUGGCCGUGUGGUGCAUAUUAUCCAGUCCAGAGAGCCCUCGCUCAAGAACUCAAACCCAGAUGAGAUCGAGAUUGACUUUGAGACACUUAAGCCUUCCACUCUACGUGAGCUGGAGCGAUAUGUGUCUUCCUGCCUCCGCAAGAAGAAGAAGGUUGCAGUCGAAAAGCCCAUUGAGUCCAUGGCUUCCUCCAAAAAGACUGGAUCUUCUUCAGAGAGCAGUGGCUCCAGCUCAGACAGCGAGGCUGAAGGGACAGGAAUAAUGAAACCACAAAAGAAAAAGGGCCCAACUGUGAAGGAGGGGAAGAAGGCACAUCUUCAUGGUCAGAGCGGUCCUCCACAGACAGGGCUUCAUCCCCAAGCUGCAGGGUUUCAGUCCAGCAGUCAGAUGAAGCAGCAUCAGCCGUCUCCUGCAGGCUUUAUGGCUGCUCCUGUGACUGCUCUGGAGUCUUCCCAGAUACUGGAGACUAGUUUUGAAUCCCUGCCGCCUUUCGGCCAACCCCUCAUGCAUCUGUCCCACCACACAGGCAACUCCUCCUCACCUCCACCUCCACACCUCAACACUCAUUCUGCUGGGCCAGUGUCCCCCGAGACCCACCCUUUCCUCAACCAGCAUCCCGUCCUCACAUCUCCAGCCUUGCACAUCUCCAUGCCUCAGCAGCCUUCUCGACCCAGUCACAAGGCAGCACCUCUUCAUCCCAAACCUCCCCAGCAGCAACCAGCACCUCCUCAGCAGCAGCCAACUCUGCAGCAGCAGCAGCAGCAGCAGCAGCAGCAGCAGCAACAACAACAACAACAACAACAACAGCAGCAGCAGCAACAACAGCAGCAGCAACAACAACAGCAGCAGCAACAGCUUCAGCCCCAGUCAGCAGCACCUCCACAGCACCAGCUCCCCUCUCAGAUCCUUCACCCGCCUCAGCCCCUGCAUCAGCGGCCCAUGUCACCCCCAACACUUACGCCCCAGGGCUUGCUGUCUUCCCAGCCUCCCCAGAUGCUGCUGGAGGAUGAUGAAGAGCCAGGGUGUACAACGCCCAUGAACCAAGUACAGUUAUACCUGCAGCAGUUCCAGCAAACCCGUCAGCCCCAGCAGUCCAUGCAGUCGCUCCAGGCGCAGGCUCGUCAGCAGCAGCAACAGCCAGUACAGACUUCUCUCCUGCAGGCUGUCCAGGCGCAAUCUCAGCUGUCGUCUCAGACCACGCUGCCUCCUCCCCAGCUCUCAGUUCAGUCGCAGGCUCAGGCAGCCCCACCACAUCAAGCGCCGCCCCAACAGAUUCCCCUUCACCAGCCCCGCCACAUGCAGCACGCUCAGCAUCAGCAACAGCCGCCACAACAGCAGCAGCUGAACUACCAACAAGGUCCUGGACUAGUCAGUCAGCCCCAGGGAUCACAACACAAGGUCUCCAUGCCCACCAACAAAGCACAGCAGAUCAUCCAACAGCAGCAAGAGCAUCCCUCCCCUCUCCCGACCAAGGCUGAACCUUACAUCACAGGUCACAUGAGGGAUAAUCCAUCACCUCUCAUGAUGCAUUCCCCACAACUUCCCCAGUAUCCACCAGUGACUCACCAGUCUCCGCCUCAUAACAUGCAGCCCAAAAAGCAGAGGGCACCUGGAAUUCAAGGUGGGUUGAAGGAGGAGAAACUUCCUCCAUCACCAGUGAUGAGAGGAGAGCCAUUUAACCCUGCCAUGAGACCAGACCAUCACAAACAUCCUGAUAACAAGCCUUCUCAACCAGGCCACAGCCAACAGAAUGUGAAGUCCAUGGACAGCUCACGGCCUGUCAUCCGCUCCUCUGAGCCCAUUGGACCGCCCCCCUCCUUGCAAGAUAAGGAAAAGUUCAAGCAGGAGUCUAAGGUGCCCAUUGCCCCCAAAAAGGAUGUGAAACUGAAGAAUAUGGGCUCGUGGGCCAGCCUGGCACAAAAGUCUACAUCCGCGCCCUUAUCUGCAGUAAAGUCAUCGAGUGACAGUUUUGAGCAAUUCCGACGCGCUGCACGGGAGAAGGAGGAGAGGGAGAAAGCCCUGAAGGCCCAGGCAGAGCAGGCAGAAAAAGAUCGGCUACGCAGAGAGCAGGAUAAACUACGAGGUCGGGAUGAUGACGACAUCAUGGAGCCGAGCAGAAGGGUGCACGAGGAACCACGCAGGCGUCUGGAGCAGCAGCACAUUCAAGCCCCUUCACAACAACAACAACAACAACAACAACAACAGCAGCAGCAGGAGCCUCAGCCGGCUGCAAUUCAGCCGCCUCCCCAACCCCCCACACCGCCUCAGCCCGCCAUACAGAGCCCACUAGACCAACAGAGGGAGCUAGCACGCCGCCGAGAGCAGGAGAGGAGGAGGCGGGAAGCGAUGGCAGCAACUAUUGACAUGAAUUUCCAAAGUGACUUAAUGGCGAUCUUUGAGGAGAACCUGUUUUGAGGAGAGGAGCAACUGAAACGUAACUGCAAAAACAAACAAAAAAAACAAAAAAAAACCUACAGAAAAAGAGAAAAAAAACUUGGAUAUGUAAACUUCCUCUAAAGAGAGAUUUGGCAACUUCGCAUCAGAGGGGACACAGAGUUUAAGCAUAGACCUGACGGGCCCUCAGAGACUGAGUACAGAUGCUGGACGGUCGGUCACAGCUUGCUUUGCCCCUGCGGGACGGAACAUACACAACAAGUGGGGGAUAGUCCCGUCGUUGCAGAUGUCUUUUCCUGGGAAUUUGGCAUUGCCUGCGUGAUAUCUCAGCCAGAGAGAGGGGACCCAUGUUGGCACAGUUGCCUUUGUCACACUUUAUUCUUACAGUGUGAGUGGGCACAAUAAUAUUACAAGAGUAAAGACUUCCCAAUAACUAUGAAAAUGCUCUGAUAAUGUACUGACAGACUGUGCAGAGGCGUUUUGAAACUGCCAGAUGUCCGAGGUGGUGAAGAAGACUGGUCUUUUAUGUUUUUGUUAUGUUUUUUUGUUUGUUGUAAGUGAACACGUGAAAUGGUUGGGGUGGGGUGGGGUGGGGGUGGGAGGGGCGGCGUGGGGGGCAACUUCCAUACUGUAAAUCAUGUAUAUUUCUCAGCAGAGAAGGUACAGUUUGCCUUACACCUCUUUCCUAAAAAGACCAUUAUGUUCUGUGGCCUGCACACAUGGAUAAACCAAUAACAUUUACAACCAGGAGUAGGAGCAGUGCAGACCUUUUUUCAUCAUCUAGUAUCUACUGUAAAGAAGUAUUUUCUUAUACAAUAACUGUUUAUUUUGGAUUUUUUUUCUCUCUCUCUCUUUUCUCUCUCUCUUUAGGUCUUUGAAUCGUCACACCAACACACUCCACACACCACCUAUGUCUAUGCCAAACGACCCAUUAUCUUUUAUCUUUUAUGCUCAAUUUCUUGUCCUGAAACAUGGUAGGUAGCUAGUUUAAAAAAACAAAAAACAAACCCUGAAUAUAUGCAUUAUCAUAGCUCCAGCAAGUAUUUAUCAAAGACAGAAUCAGUUCAAGUUUUCAUCCUGCCUUGUAUUUUCUCUUGUAAAGCUACGACAAGAACUUGUUAGAAGAAAAAGGACAAAAGUCAGCUGUUUCUGAGCUUAAGUUGGAAUAUGAUUUCACUACAAAUAUUGCACCGUUAUUCGCAUUACACUUUUGAGACAUAAUGUUGGAAAAUGUUCAUAUCAUUGGCCUAUUCGCAACAGUCACACUACUGGAUCAGUUGGAGAAAAUGAGGAGCCUCUUAAUGUCCUUCUGUCGGCCGCAGCGUUGGUGUGUUUUGAUCUUAAUGAAAGGUUUCGAUUGGAUGUCAUCAGGGAGGGGACAAUCAGGGGAGUAAGACAAACAUUUACCACCUUUUCUGUAGCUGUAACUUGAAUCAGGUUAGUAAAAAACAAAACAAAAAUAGUCGAAGGGACCGGUAAGGAGCUCCCAGUUAGGUUUUUUUUGUCUUCUAAUUCACUCGAGGGCACACAAUUCAGAAUUAAAAAAUUUUUUUUUAAAAAGACAAAACAAUUACAAGUUAAGAAACAGAAAAACGCUGAAAAAACAGUUUUGCUUUUUAUCUUUGUUCUCGUUCGAUAAUAGUGGAUGUGAGUUUAUAAUUCUGUUUUUGGAGACGUUGUUUUUGGAGCUGGGAUGGGGUUCAAAAAUCUGAAGGCAUCUCGUCCUCUCCUCUUGUCUCUUAUGGUGUUUUUUCUCCAGUGCCUGUAUUGUAUUGCAGUUCUCGUUGGCUUAUAUUACACUUCA